CACAACUUCAUCAUCUACCAUUGGAGCAGGCGCAAGAUGAAGGUUUUCGUCAGAAAUGUUGCAAGGACAAAAUGUUUACCAAUCUCUCAAUUACAGCUGAGAUCAUUUGCUACAGCUUCUGAAUCAUCCCGUAUCCCAAAAAUCAAUGCUGAUCGAUUCCAUAAAACACUUCAUGAAACGUGUGAAAAGUAUGGUGCAGCACAUCGAUACGGACAACGAUCCGAUGAAACCGGAAUGGCAAGAUUGACGCUGAACGAUGAUGAUAUAGCCGUUCGUAAAUGGCUUGAAAAGGAAAUGGAAAAAGUUGGUUGUACAUUAAAGGUUGACUCAAUGGGAAAUAUGUUUUUCAUCAGACCAGGAUCAAAAGCAAAUAAGGCUUUACCUGUUGCAAUGGGUUCUCAUUUAGAUACUCAGCCAAUGGGAGGCAGGUAUGAUGGCAUCUUGGGAAUCAUGGCAGCCGUUGAAGCAAUGAGAACGAUGCACGAUCACAAUGUUCAAACAAAUGGUCCGAUCGCAUUGAUCAAUUGGACGAAUGAAGAGGGUGCAAGGUUUUCCAAAUCUAUGUGCGGUUCUAGUGUCUGGUCAGGACAAUUGUCAGAAGAAGAAGCGCAUUCAUUGAUCGAUGUGCAUGACAAAAAGACAACAAUGGGCCAGGAACUUGAGCGGUCCGGUUAUCUGGGAAAGAUGAAAGCACAUCAUACUGCAAUGCCAUUAGCAGCACACUUUGAACUACACAUCGAACAAGGUCCAAUUCUGGAGCGAGCAAAUGGAAAAGUUGGAGUUGUGCAAGGUGGGCAAGCGUACAAAUGGAUUCAAGUAACAAUAAACGGAAGAGAAUGUCAUACAGGAUCAACACCAUUCGAAGACCGUGCUGAUGCGAUGCAGUCAGCCGCAAAAAUUAUUGUUAUGAGUAAAAAAUAUGCACGCAAACAAGGUGGGCUAGCAUCAACGGGGUUAUUGUCUGUCUUCCCAUCAAGCGUUAACACUUGCCCUGGAAAGGUGACUUUCACCUUAGAUGUUCGACACAAAAAUGAUGCAAGCUUAGAGGCAAUCCUGUUUGAAAUAGAACGUGAAGCAGAAAGGAUAUGCAAAGAAGAAAGUGAACGGGGAACAAAGAUGGAUUGGAAGAUCUCUUUCGCAAGCACAGCUGUAAAGUUUAACGCAAAUUGUCAUUCUGCAAUUCAACAAGCAGCAGAAAGGUAUGUUAAACCAGAGGAAAUCAUGCCAAUCAUCAGUGGAGCAGGUCAUGAUAGUUGUGCAGCUUCGAUCAGAUGUCCAACCGCCAUGAUUUUUGUACCUUCAAAGAAUGGACUAUCCCAUCAUCCCGAGGAAUAUACCUCUCCAGAAGAUUGUGCAAUCGGAGCUCAAGUGCUUAUGGACUCUGUUUUGACUUACGAUCAGCAACAUGUAUAAUCUUAAGAAUUUAAAUAAGUUCUAAGUUCACUAUUCAGGAAAAAGACGACCAGCGCCUUUGACAUUGGAUAAAGAUAAGAGAAGUAUGUAGUAGAUAUGCCUAAUCCGCCUUCCUCAGACGGCAGCAACGUCUGCACCGCUCACAGCAGCAGGUGAGGCCAUCGUCAUCUUCUUGCUGUGCUUGCCGUGAUGGCCAACAUGACCAUGAUGACCAGG